CAUUUAUCCGCGGUCGCCAUUACGAUUUUCUGUCGAGUCGCGAAUUCGUACGGGGACAUACACCAUAAUAAAUCCGUGCAGUGGUGCAAAAGGCUGCUCUAGAAUGCGUGAGAAAAAAUUGUGAAUCGUCGAGUGCAAGUGAUUCGUGGGGGGGAAAUAAUGCCCUCGAUCCGUUCCGAGCAGCAAUGAAACCAGUGGAAAAGGGCGCUACGAUGAAGCCCGGCCCCGAUGGUGGCCAAAUAGUGUCGAACAGUGAGCUCCUAGUGGCGAAAAACGAGUGUAGUAAAUAUUGCAGGCAGCAAAAGCAAGAGGAAAAGUUCAGUGGCUGCAGCAAAAAUAGUGCUAAUAACAGCGUUCAGAUCUCAAAAACAGAACCAAUCUCAGCCGCGGAAUCGAUCGCGGAAGCAGGCUAUCGGAAAAGUACAACAAACCCGUCGUCAUCGUCACCCGCGGCGGUCGAUUCGAUUUCAGCUGUAGUCGGAACGACAAAGAUGACGAUGGAAAUGUUGGCGACGGUGGCGGAGCAGGGCGCGAAGGCGUCGAAAAAUCACGUAGACAGUAGUAGUAGCAGCAGCGGCGGUGGCGGCAGCAAUAGCAGCACCGCGAAAACUUCUUUGGCUAAAAAUAAUGAUAAAGGCGGAACACCGGCGAAGGAUAUCAUCGGGGACCGUUCUGAUAAUGAGACCUCCCGAAGUCAUAAGAAAAAGAAGAAUAAGGACAAAGACAGAGAUCGUGAAAAGGAUCACAAAAAACGUCGUCGUUCUGACGAACACGGUGGCAUAACUGGUGGUAGCAGCUGUUCACAAAUUACCCCCAACAGUGUCGGUCCAAAGGAUAAAACAGUUUGCAAUUCAUUAAUUCAGAAUAAAGAAAACCAACACCACUUGCUGCUGAAACAAGGCGCUUCGGAAAAAUCAUCCACUGUCGUUGUCGUUCCGGCUCAAAUAAAGCAGGAACUUACCAUCGAAACUAACCUAACUGUGCAGCAUUCGCCAACACCCGGUGGCUCCGCAGGGGGACGGUUGCUCAACAGCAGCAGUGUGACGACGACUCCAGUCGCAGCAGUGGUAGCGGCUGUUGCCACCGGAGGGACUCCUAUUUCUCCCAUCAACCUGUUGCUGAAUUUAGAAAGGAGUAAUAAUGAGAACAGCACCGUUAAAAAGCAAGAUAUUUUCAUCAAAAAGGAGUAUAAACCACUGAAACAAGACAAGACGCGGGACGACGUGUCGCGAGCGUUAUCAUUUGCCGACGCCAAUGGUCCCGUAAAUAACAACACAAACAACAACAGCAGCAGCAACAGUGUCACCGGCAGUACAACUAACUUAACUAGCAAUAAGAGCUCUAACAUCUUGAUAAAACUUGAGUCACCCAAGAAUAUAGACGACAAAACAGUCGUCGCAAAGAAGGAGAUUCUUGGCGAUGUCGGAACGACUCCGGAAAAGUUGGUAAACGUAGGUACCAACAUGACAGUACCGGUUCUAUCAAACAGCAGCAGUAUCUCAAACACGACAACUCCCAUGAAGCCGGAACAUUCGGUAGAUAAAAGCUCUUUGCAUGAGCAUCACAGCAACAAAUCAUCGUCCCAAGUUGGCAGCAGUAGCAAACUGUCUACUUCGUCCUCUUCCACAUCUGUACACAGGAGCAGCAGUGGAAGUAGUCGAGAAUGCUCUCGAUGUUACAAGCGAUCCAAAAUCAAACGCGCCAACAUUGGAAUUCAGUGUAAGCGAGACAAAAUAGAAAAUGUCCCCCUGACCGGAGUUGUGCCGUUGGAACCAUCUGCGCGAAUAUCCAACAUCCACAGGGACAUGCACUGUAAUCGGAAGGGGCUCGAGCAUCUCAAGUAUGGCCGGUUCAUGCGAAUUGAGGUGCACCCUAAUGGCGGCGCUUCCGUUGUCCACAUGUACCAGGAUGAGAUCAAUGCCCUGCCGGAAAGUGAAAUGGAAGAGCUCGUAAACGAGUUUUUCGCGGUUUGUUUCAAUGAGGAUGAGGAAGGAUAUGCAGAUCAUGUGAUGGGAAUUGUACAUAACGCGGCGGCCUAUUUGCCGGAUUUGCUGGAACACAUGGCGGAAAACUAUGCCAAUCUGACGGUGAAGGCCGGUGUGUUGGGUAGGAAUUCCGACAUAGAAACGUGCACGAUGAGUCAGUACAAUGAGCAGGUUAUAAAGAACUACUCUCAAGGAACGAUCCGGUACGGGCCGCUCCAUCAGAUCAGUUUGGUUGGAAAGGUUCACGAAGAGGUAGGCGGUUACUUUCCUGAUUUGUUGAAACGUCUCGAAGAUAACCCAUUCCUCAAUAAGACAAUGCCCUGGGGAGAACUGUCAAUUGUGCAAAUGGAUCCACGAUUGUCGAACGAUGGCCCCAUCUUGUGGAUUCGGCCUGGUGAACAGUUGGUUCCAACGGCGGAAAUAAACAAAACUCCCAUGAAGAGGCAAAGGACACGAAUCAAUGAGCUGCGGAAUCUGCAGUAUCUGCCACGACUAUCGGAGGCCCGUGAAACGAUGAUCGAUGACCGUACCAAGGCUCACGCCGAUCAUGUCGGACACGGUCACGACCGGAUGACGACGGCAGCAGUUGGUGUUCUAAAAGCAGUCCAGUGUGGAAUUCCAGAUGAGCUGAACCGCAUCACUAAGGACGUGGUCGCCUUCGAUGCUCACUACUUUCCGCAUCUGGUGGAGAAGCUACAGUUGGAUCUACACGAGCCACCGAUCUCACAGUGCGUCCAGUGGGUGGAGGAUGCCAAGUUGAACCAGUUGCGGCGGGAGGGUAUCAAGUAUUCCCGUAUAUCGCUGUAUGAUAACGAUAUCUACUUUCUACCCCGCAAUAUUAUUCACCAGUUUCGAACGGUAACAGCUGUCACUAGCAUAGCAUGGCAUCUUCGGCUUAAGCAGUACUAUCCAGAUCAGGAAGUGGUACAGGAAAUUACCAAUGGGUACGAGGUUGAUCCGCCACACUACAAGGAGAAGCAAACGAUUUUACCGCACCCUAUUUCGGUGGAUGAUAAAAAGCAUACACCAGUCAAGCGGACUCACGAUGGCAAACCAAAAAAAUCCGAAAAGAAGGAUUUACAAUCGACCCCGAAUGAAAAAGAUGAUAAACAGUUGUUGAUGGUUGAUGCUGAAAAGCUGGCGAAAAUUGAUAUGAGAAAAUUGGUUAGAGAUGACAAACCAAUUAAGAGUGAGAAAAAGAGCAGUAGCUCCAGUCACAAACUUUCAUCCUCUUCGACAUCUUCGGCACACAAGUAUCAUAGUAGCGGUAGUGGCAAGAAGGAUGCGCAUCGUUCAAAUGGUGAACGAGACAACGACAAGGACAAGGAGAAGUAUCGAAGUCGCGAUAAGGAUAAAGAAAGAGAUAAGGAUCGAGAACGUCACCGGCAUCACAAGUACCAUUCCUCUUCGAGCAAAUCGUCAAGUUCAUCAUCUUCAAAGCACCGUGGCUCAGAUGAACGCAGCCGAAAGCUCUCGCACUCAUCGUCCUCUUCUGAGCGGCAUCCCCACAGUGGUAGCAGUAGUCGCCGGGAAUCCACUUCCAGUGUGACGAAAGAGAAAGAGUCCAAUGCGACCGUGGUACCACCGGUAGCGGCUGAAAUCGAAAUCGAGCAUUCUCCUGAUGUCACUACCGGCAGUAGUAGCAACAUGAUCAUUAAUGACCAGAUCAUCGAGGAAGAUGCCAACCCAGCAGCACUCAUCAGUAGCGAAAGCAAUUACGAGUCUGUGAUAAAUUGCAACGACGAAGCCAAGCUUACCGUUGCAAUAGAAACUACAAUUUCAGCAGAAGGCGAUGAAAUAAGCACCGAAACGCUGCUACUACUAAAACCGGAUGAGGAAAUUAUUACAACCACGAUAGUAGAUGACGAUCAGCAUCUGACUGCGAUAGCAGUGGACCACAGUGAAAUAAAAUCCAUACAAACUGUCACAGAAUCGCUUGCCCUCGCUCCCCCACCACCUCCACCACCACCCAUUGAAACGCCUCCGUUACCCCCUUUGCCACCAACCCCACCAGCAACUGCAGCGGUGAUUCCGACCACAUACGACAGCAUCGAUCGACAUUCGUCAACAACACCGAAGGCUAAGAAAGCAAAUCAAGCUAAUACCAGUCAACUCGGCAGUAGUAGCAGCAGUGUCCAUCAACAAAAACCAAUCAUCUCCAGCCACACAUCGUCAUCAAAAGUACCAUCCAAAACAUCCAGUGAUUUGUUAAGUUCAAUAAUGGCACGCAUGGAGAGCACACCGAACCGAAAUCCGAACAGUUUUUAAGCUUUUUUCUUCCCGUUCUUGUGUCCGCAUUGUGAAGUUUCAUUUUCCUGCGUUCGUCCCAUCACUCACACCUACUUCUAGUUAUUUGGCUCGCUAUACCAAGGAAUGCUUAUUUUCCAUGUUCCUUGUCUUAUUUCAGUUAGUUUGUUUUAUUCAUUCGUACGCUGUUUUUCUCAAAAGCAAUCCCAGGGUCUGUAUAUUAUUACAUCCCAAAUUACCUAAAAAACGAUCCUCAUUGGCAUAAUUUUGCUUACAUGUUAAGUCUAAAAGGUUACAUAUAGAUCACGGAAUCUAAAAACUAGAACAUUGUUAGUAGUUGUAUAUAAUGCUUCUGCUGUUAUAUUCACACUAGCACCUUAGCAUGAAAAAAAUCACACUGCCAUCUCUCUUUACAAACACAAUACUGUCAAUAACAAAAAUAACGGCAUUUGUGCUUUCAUGUCUUAAUUCACGAUCUCCUUUCUUUUCCAAAGUGCAAGGAAAAGGCAUAAAUUGAGUUAUCAAUUGAACAGUUUAAAACAUUAGUUUUCGUGUAGGAAUACUGUCUGUACUAAAACACAACCUCCCACAAACCCCACACAGGCAAAGAAAAAAAAACACUUGUUUAAUUAAAUCGCUUCCUUUAGUGAGUUAUACAGAAUACAAAGAAACAACAAUUAAAGCAUAUUUUAUCUUCACGACAAAAAAAGAAGCAGAAGAUGCAAAUUUAAUAUCUAAGCAGAGGAUAAUUAUAGCAAAUAGAUUUAGAGAAACUUAACGUAGACAAAAGUUAGAUUCAGGAUCACAUAAUUACACAACUGAAUAACAAACAAACAAAAAAAACACUCCCACACACACAUCUUUAAACGAGUGCACCUAGUUGUGUACAAUGAAUGGAAGAAAGAGGCGAAUGUUAAUUUACCUUGUUGAUGAUCUGUUAAACUGGCUAUAAUUUAUUCUGCGAGCAGAGAACGUGAAAAUAUCGAGUUGUAAUACAUCGAGCGUAUGCCCAAUGUUUCAAGUCGUUGAGCGAAAAGAAGAGGUAUAGUAGCGAUCAGUUAGAUUCUAUGACAAUGUCCCUGAAGGUGACAUUCACAAUAAUAAUUAUUUUUGUUUUUGUCGAUAUUUAGCACCCCUGUACGCUAGGGUUAAUAAGUUAAAUUAUUUUCUGCAAUAAGUGUCUGACUUCUAUCGGUAUCCACACCGUUUGCUAAAUCCACACCGUUGGCUCAAUCUGCAUGAAAAUCAAACAGCAGUAAUACCGUAGUCAUGCUGAUUGAUUUUCAUGAAGUUUUAGUAAACGGUGUGAAAAAGUAACUGCUUUUUUGUUUUCGUUAUCGAUUUGCAUUCUCAGUUCAACCUUAUGCUCUGUGUUUGCAGCCACACGUAGCAAUACUGCUGCGCCUUUUUCUUGUCAAACGUUUUCUUUUUUGUGUAUUGUGCAAAGUAAGCAGCACACAAAAUCGGUAAUUAUGAAUUCAUCUUAGUUUUGAACUAUUGAGUAGCUCUUCCGUUUUAUAUUAUUUUUAUAAAAUAUUAUUUAUAUACAACACACGCAGACACGUAAAGAUUAGCUAUCGCGUCGUAUGUAUAUUUUAUUAUAAAUAUAAAUUUAUCUAUCCAUUCAAUUACAGCUGUAUAUUUUAAGAGAGAAAACAAUAAAAUACUGUUUACGGUAUUAAUGGUGUAA